AUGUCUCUGAAGAGUAACAUUGAAAGUGGUGAGAGUGCUAUUGGCAUGGCCGAUUGUAGCAUGGACAGUUCCGGUAAUUGCGAAUCGGAACUCACGAUGGUAUGCGAUCUUGAUCUAGAUUUUGACGACUGCUAUUUGCUUGGUUUGCCAAAGUUGACUGGAAAUGUUUUUGAAGAAAUGAAAAUGCUGGAAGAACUUGACCUUGAUCUUGAGGACUUGUUUUUAUUCGGUGGUCUACCGAAAUUCAAGGAUGCUAACGACGAUGACCCGCGCAGUAAAGAUUCAGGCGAUAAGGAGGGCAAAGAAAAGAAGAGAUGA